AUGAGUGAAGCCGAGACCGAUUAUGUCGAAGUGUCCUUGUUGGUAUUGCACCACUUUGUGAAAAAACGCCCCAUUCCUGGAAUACCCUCUCACUGCUCUGCCUUACGUGAUGGUACCGAGUGCUUGAUGACCCGUCCCGAGAUCGAAGCGUACUUUCAGAAUCCUGACAAACUCGUAGACACGGAUUUGCAACAGCGUUUGGACGUCACUAUCAACGCGUGUAAGAUUAUCGCAUCAUAUUUGUCCUCGAUCGACUGCGACCGUACUGAAGAGGAUCAGCGACAGCGCAGGAACCGACUUGAGAGGCUCAGAAAGAGAGUGCGGACUUUGGAAAAAUCCCUGGGAUCAAAAAAAUUUGAUUCUUGGAACGCCUACGGGUACGGACUGCUCUUGCUUCGCAAGUCACUGGAGUCGGGUACUCGCCUGCCGUACCUUCUGUGCCCAGAGGAUGGCGCCGAAUUAACCACUCAUGAGCAGAUCCUGUCUCUACCGACCGAAGACGAACGCCUCGAAGAAUUGAUCAGGGCUUAUCACGCCUUGGAAACUGCAGUAAGAGUUCUCCGUAAAUCACAAAGCACUUUGGGGCCCGUCAUGAUGUCCUUCAAGGACAGAGCGCCACUGUCUCUCGAACAGAAGUUGGGAUUGGCGAGACAUGAGGUGCCUCUGGAUUCUGUCUUCGCCGAGUGGACGACAACCAUGGCGAUUGCGAGAAUAAUGCAACGAACUUUCCUUCCUGGCCAGUUGUCGACAGGACGGAACGCCUACGAAACCCGCCACAAACGUCUCUCGCGUUUGCUGCUCAGGAUCGGAGACAAAUCACUCAAACUCGUACCAUCCAGAACGAUAUCUAUAAAGGCUAUCCGUGAAGUACCCGGGUUGUUAGGGGCUGCUUCAAGUGCACAUGAGACGGAUUUGACAAUGUCGCCAGUGACUCUCAAACCGCCUUGGCCUUUGACAACACCAGAACCAAGUCAAACCCUAUCAUCAGAACGUAUUCCAUCCCCUGACCCUGAUCCUCUGCCUAUGCCGGUCGAUCAUGCAUGUGAACUAGAGGACACUGAAGCGCCUGUCCCAGAGCCUCUACAUGAUCCUUUCUCGGGGACUGUGCAGGUUCCCCCAAAUUACCUGAAUCAAAGUACAGGGGCGCCACCGCCCGUAUCCUACCCAUCUCCUGUUGAAAACGAGAGUAACUCAUCAAGCGUCCUCCCGACCUCCGUAGAGGCCAACUGGUUACAUCUCCUCGUACCCGAACCUGGUCAUGAUCAACAGCAACAAUAUGCGCCUAGCUUGCCUCAACUUCCUGACACGUCCAAGAGAACUGAUUUGCUCACCAUUGAUGCUCACACUCAGGGGACACCAACGUCUGCAGAGGUGGAAUGUGAACCAUUUGGACCGACCAGUCACUUCCAAGAUCCGUAUUCGCUGACUGCUAGCAUUCCCCUGAAUCCUGAAGCUCAGACAUCAGAAGAGGAUUGGCGCUAUGCCCCUGAAACGGGCGAAAUUUCGUUCUAG